UGUUCCAAACACCACCUCAUUUCCCACUUUGUCACUUUAAUAACACUGAUCAUGAUCUUCGUUUUCGGCCCUCCUAUAUAAUUACAUGCUAUCUGGCUCCAAGGCUCUGUCAUUCAGUACUCCACUCACCACAUAUGGGAAUGAGCAGCAUGAAGGUGCAUCAGUUCGCACGUGGACUCUGGGAACACGAACCCUCCCUCACGCUUGGCUGCACCAAACGCUUACGCCCUCUUGCUCCCAGACUGGCCAACACGGCCGCCACCUCCGACACUACUACCACCCUCGCUCCUUUCGAUCUCAAGAGUUUCAUCAGACCUGAAAGUGGCCCCAGAAAACUUGGAUCUUCUAACCAGCUUCAGGAGAAGAAAGAUUCCCCUCACCCUCAGGUAGAGACGCACCCAGGAGGGACACGCUGGAACCCUACGCAAGAACAGAUAGGGAUACUAGAAAUGUUGUAUAGAGGAGGAAUGCGCACUCCUAAUGCACAACAAAUAGAGCAAAUCACGGCUCAACUUGGCAAGUACGGCAAGAUCGAAGGCAAGAAUGUGUUUUACUGGUUCCAGAAUCACAAGGCACGCGAGAGGCAGAAGCAAAAACGCAGCAGCCUUGGCCUCAGCCACUCUCCAAGAACACCGACUUCUGUAAUUACCACCCUGGGAGAAGUAGUGGUGGAAAGAGAGGAAGAUAAUCCGUACAAGAGAAAGGGUAGGAGCUGGGAAUUUGAUUGCUUGGUAGAAGGUGAUCAUAGUAGUAGUACAAGUAGUGUAGUAUGUAAGCUCGACAACGACGACGCCAUUGAGGGAGGUAGAACUCUGGAGCUCUUUCCAUUACAUCCAGAAGGAAGAAGAUGAUGAGAUCUGCUUAUUUGACACUGGCAUGUGCUUUCCUUCUUUUCUUAUUUCGGGAAAGAAGAAAGGCAAGCAAUUGUCUCUUAAUUUGUACUGAAUGCCAUGCUUCAACUUCUACCUUUUGAACCAAAAGCACUUUUAUUCCAAGCUA